UGCAUUAUGCAGUGGUCAGGGAUUAGGCUUUCGCGGAUGCAAAUAAGUUGGAUUGCUCAAGAAAUUUAAUUUGUAGUUUGUCCACUCGCAAUUAUAAAUAGGCUGGUUCCUUCUUUGCCUUCCCUCCUACUCUCAUCUCAUUCUGAUGAUGCAUUGAUGCACACGACGGUAAUGAUGGGGUUUGGAUAGCCAUGGCUGUAACCUCUCACCUUGAAAAUGCUUAACAUACCGCAUAGCUAUUUCCGGAGUUUUCUCCUGUAAUGCUUUGUGUGUGUGUGUGUGUGAAUGUGAGAGAGAGAGGGAGACUGAGAUUGUCUUAAUUCCAUCUCUGCUAACACUUUGCUCCAUGCAAGUCCCUAAUCCGGCCAGCCUGUUAAAAGGUGCUGCACAAAGGGGGCUGUAGAGCACAUCUUACUUCCACAAGAUCCAUCCCUCCAGUUACUCCCCCAUUUGCUCUCCUCUGCACUACAAGACUCCUUCAGAGUAUUUUAUUCUGAGAAGAGGCACAGGCUGUUUUAUCAAUUGUUAAGGUCUCAGAGGAACAAAAAACAUCACCAACUGCAGCCAUGAAUGGCACAGAAGGACCCAACUUUUAUGUCCCCAUGUCUAACAAGACUGGGGUGGUUCGCAGCCCAUUUGAGCACCCUCAGUACUACCUGGCUGAGCCCUGGAAGUACUCUCUUGUGGCUGCGUACAUGCUGUUCCUCAUCAUCACUGCCUUCCCCAUAAACUUCCUCACCCUCUAUGUCACCGUUAAAAACAAAAAGCUGAGGACCCCUCUGAACUUUGUCCUGCUCAACCUGGCGGUGGCCGACCUCUUCAUGGUCAUUGGGGGCUUCACCGUAACUCUCUACACAGCCCUGCACGGAUACUUCAUCUUAGGGGUCAGCGGCUGCAACAUUGAGGGAUUCUUCGCCACCUUAGGAGGGGAGAUUGCUCUCUGGUCUCUGGUGGUUUUGGCUAUUGAACGCUACAUUGUGGUCUGUAAGCCAAUGACCAACUUCCGCUUCGGGGAGAAACAUGCCAUUGCUGGGCUGGCAUUCACAUGGAUCAUGGCCAUGACUUGUGCUCUUCCCCCUCUGCUCGGAUGGUCGCGGUACAUCCCAGAGGGAAUGCAGUGUUCCUGUGGGAUUGACUACUACACCCCCAAGCCUGAGAUCAACAACACCUCAUUCGUCAUCUAUAUGUUUGUCCUCCACUUCUGUAUCCCCCUCUUCAUCAUUUUCUUCUGCUACAGUCGCCUACUCUGCACUGUGCGAGCGGCUGCGGCCCUGCAGCAGGAGUCUGAAACCACCCAGAGAGCGGAGAAAGAGGUGACACGUAUGGUUAUCGUCAUGGUGAUCUCCUUCUUGGUGUGCUGGGUGCCCUAUGCUACUGUGGCUUGGUACAUCUUUGUCAAUCAAGGAACCGAGUUCGGACCAGUGUUCAUGACUGCUCCGGCCUUUUUCGCCAAGAGUGCUGCUCUGUACAACCCAGUCAUCUACAUUCUGCUAAACAGACAGUUCAGAAACUGCAUGAUCACCACAGUAUGCUGUGGAAAAAACCCGUUUGGAGACGAUGAGGGCGCCGCUGCCACCUCCAAAACUCAGACUUCGUCGGUCUCAUCCAGCCAGGUGGCCCCCGCUUGACCGGGAUCCACACAUCUUUCCCUGCACACCUAGGGACCCACCACUGCCAAGCAGCACUAUGUUCUAUUGGCCAAUCCUCUUGACUUGCCUCUCCAUGUGUCUUCACUGAACUGGCACAACCACACUUUUGGUGGGACUGACAGACUCAAGAGCCAGCAUGUGUAUUUUCAAUCCACUUAAUCGUGGAAAGUGUUCAGCUGGCUUCACAGAGUUUAACCCGGCAUCAAGGGGGUGUUGUCCAUGUGAUGAUCCAACUGAACACAUUCCAAGCUCCCCACUAUCCAAAAACACACAAUAGGUGAAAACAAACCACGCCACAUGAUUUCCUCCACCUCAACUCUUGUUCAAAUAAUUGUUGCAGCUAUA